AUGUCGACGGCUCCAUCAUCACGUCCAUUGUUCCAAGUCCAGAGUGAAAACAUGGGACCUCCAGGAAAAGCAAUUGCUCGACAACGACCAGACAAUACCAACCGACCAGUUCUAGGCGACUUGACGCCAAAUGCCAAACUCGACAAGCACCACCAACAACAACAGCAAAGAGGCGGCAGUCCACUCAAGCGACAAGCGAAUGUCUUCGACGAUGGAAAAGGCUUCAGCUACAUCAAGCGCCGCCGUCUCUCACACAACAAUGCCCUGUCGCGCCGCAUCACGCCGCAACCAAACCAGGAGCAGCAGAAAGGCCUCUCUCCCACCGACCACGAUUCGCACGACGACGCCGACAGCGGUCGCUCAUCCCAAAACUCCAACGCUACCCGUGGCUCCUUCUCGUCUCUGAUCAACUAUGACCCCUCGUCACAACAGCACAUCUCGCAACAACACCAACACCACCAAGCCACCUCGUCGUCAGCCUCCAUGUCCAUCCGAACCGCUGCCCAGACUCUACGGUUACGUCUACGCAUCGCCAUCUACAAGGUCCGCACCAACCAGAUCAACGUGCCCUUUUCGCGUCUGCAGAUCAUGGCCAAGCAUCCCACACGACAACAACCACCCCAACCACAAGCCCCUCCCUCUCCCGACGCCCUGCCCAUGGCUCCCCCACCACUACGUCCCUACAACGACAAACACACACAUGGUGCCGAAUCCCAGCCUCAAGCCCAACAAGCCCUCUUCUCCACACCGAACAUCUUUUCGAACCGCUUUAUGCCGUUCAACGCUCCUNCGAGCUCGCCGCCACUGGCACACGACCCCCGCNCGCGUAUUGCAAGAGAGGCACAGGCGCGUAUGGCUGCCGCUGCUACCGCGGAUAGGGAUAGUCUGGACUCCGAGGCUACCGAGUUGGCUGAUGAUCACGAUGAACAUCCUGUCGCUGAGAGCCCGCUGGACAGGUCUAGAAGGCAUCAUAUGCUACCGCAAACUUGA